AUGCCCAAAUUCUUCCCAAGUAUCAGUCCGGAGCUGGGGGAAUGGGCCCUCAAACAACCCGUCUUCUUUACCGGCUCCGCCCCGAUCGCCGGCCGCCAUGUCAACAUCUCCCCAAAAGGCCUACCUAGCUCAACAUUCACAAUCUUCUCCCCAAACUCCUGUGGAUACAUGGACGCGACUGGCUCAGGAGCCGAAACAAUCUCCCACAUCUACGAGAACCGCCGCUGCACCAUCAUGUUCUGCUCCUUCGGCCCGUCGCCGCGCAUCAUGCGCUUUUUCUGCACAGGAAGGGUGGUGGAAUGGGACACGCCUGAGUUCGAGGUUCUGUUGGGGAAGAUGGGAAAGAAGAGGAUUGAUGCCGCGAGGGCCAUUAUCAUGCUUGAUGUUUGGAAGGUCCAGACCUCUUGUGGGUACGGGGUACCGAAACUAACCACUAGUAGCUUGGGCGAUACAGAGAAAGGGUAUGAGGCAGCAUUUCUCGAUCGUGACACCCUAGGCCAUUGGGCGAGUAACAAAGUUGAGCGAAAUGAGGUUACCGAGUAUCGGCUGAUGAACAAUACUUGGAGCUUGGAUGGUAUUCCUGGACUUAUGUCGGCGAGGAGGGAUUCCGGACAGUGGCUGUGGAUUGAAGACGGAAAGGCGUUUCUCAGGAGAGCUAAUAGCCAGCCUGGGACGUUAGUCGUGGGGAUUAUCAUUGGUGUUUUGUUAAGUUUGUUUGUUCAGCUUGUGCGGAAUUAUUUGUAUACUGCAUGA